AUGCCCGACCACCCCACCACCACCACCACCACCACCACACCAACCACAACCACAAACGCAACCACAACCCCCGCACCCGCACCCGCACCGGCAGCCACAGCCACACCCCCCAAUCCCCUCCUCGGCACCACCUCCCCCUCAAACACAAACACAGCAACCGAAGCCCGAACAGCCUUCACCGCCACCCUGCGGAGCACAGCCCAAGCGCACGAGACGCACCUCCGCGAGCGCGCCCGGAUCCUACACGACAACGCCGCUGCCCUCGAGCGCCAGGAGCACGCGCUGGCGGGGUCGACGGCCGCGCUGGCGAAGCAGAACGCCCAGCUGGCCAAGACGGCGGACGCGGCGCGCGACGCUCUGAAAGAAAUCGGGGACGUGCAGAAUUGGGCGGAGGUGAUUGAGCGCGAGUUGCUGGUGGUGGAGGAGACGUUGCGGUUGGUUGAGGGUUCUCAUUUGGGGGAGGGGGAGGGGGAUGAUUCUGGGGAUGAGGGGGAUGCUCGGUUUCCUGGGCUGGGGGAUGUUGGGGGUAUUGGGGCUGGGAAGGGGAAUGGGAAGGUGAGGAGGGAUGAGCGGGGGGGAAUUCGGGAGGAGGAGGGUGGAGGUGAUGAUGCCGAUGACAGCGGAAGUCCUGGGAAGGGGAGGGGUGGGUGGUUUCGGUGGUGGUGA